AUGCCACUGAAGAUCGGCCAACUCUAUACGUACCCCAUCAAGGCGCUGCUCCCUACGCCAAUCCCUUCAGCCACCAUCACCAAGACUGGCUUCCAGUAUGACCGUCGUUUCAUGCUGCUCAAGAUCCAGGGCGACGGCAGCUUCAAAAACAUGCACGUCGCUCACUUCCCCGAAAUGACCCUCUUCCAACCCACCAUCAUCUACCCGGACGGUGCCGACGAGAAGGGUAGCAUCAUAGUGAAUUUCCGCCCGCCGCCCGAUUCCGGGAAGAAGCCCGACUCGUUGGAAAUUCCGCUGCAACCCGAUCCCGCCGGUCUGCCGGAGCUCGACAUCAUGAUGCACAAGAGCCCGACAAAAGCCUAUGACAUGGGUUCCUCGUACAGUGACUGGUUCUCUGUCUGCUUGGGCUUUGUGGUCAAGCUGGUCUACCUCGGCGACAACAGGCGCCAAGUCUUGAUGUCGCGCUCCCCCAAUGAGCAGCAGCCCAAGUCGUGGCUAUCAUCCAUCGCGAAUAGUCUCCCGUUGCUCGGCGCCGACGACAAGGACACCGUCACCUUCCAGGACUGUGCUGCCUACCUCGUCGUGUCUCAAUCGUCCGUAAACGACGUAUCUGGCCGCCUUCCCGACGGCUUCGAAAUGGACGUGACCAAGUUCCGGCCCAAUAUUGUCAUUGAGGGAGCGGACCAGCCGUGGGAAGAGGACUUCUGGGCCGAGAUUCAAAUUGGAGAUGCCACCGUGACACUGACGCACAACUGCGGUCGCUGCGCCAGCAUCAACAUUGACUAUACCACUGGCAAGACAGGCACAGGUCCGACAGGAGAGGUGUUGAAGAAGCUUCAAAAAGACCGCAGAAUCGAUGCUGGCAACAAGUGGAGUCCUAUCUUCGGUCGAUACGGAUUUCCGGGAUCCCAAGAUGCAGGAAAACACUUGUCUAUUGGUGAUGAGGUCAAGAUUCUGAGGCGAAAUAAGGAGAGGACGAAGUUUGAUUGGCCAGGUCUUAGCAACAGCUAG